UUGGGCGAACACGAGACAACUUCCAAGGCUAUGGUUAUUAUGGAACUUCAAUCACGAGUUGACUCUAACUUUAGAAUUAAAGUAGAAGCCUUUGUUUUGAAGACAAUAACGGCUCCGUUACCAACAUGCAAGAUCGACCCGUCAAGUUGGAUUGAACUUGAAGGCCUAGUCUUGGCUGAUCCAGAGUAUCAUACUCCAAGUCAUAUCGAUAUGUUACUAGGAGUAGGUAUUUACAAUCAGAUACUUCUGGAAGGAAUAAAAAGGAGUCCAGAGGGAGAGCUAUUAGCUCAGGCUACGUCGUUAGGUUGGAUACUCUCUGGACAAAUUACCAUGACUGCACAGUCAGCACACAAAAUAAAGGUCUUGCAUUGUUGUUCAAAUGAUAAUGAUCUUCUCAAAAGGUUUUGGGAACUGGAGGCAGAACCUGAAAUAAAAAAGGAGAAAAUGUUCACUGAUGAAGAGAAACGUUGUGAAGAAAUAUUCAAUAAAACAACUACGAGAGAUGAUGAAGGCAGGUAUAUAGUCCGACUUCCUUUGAAGAACGAUCCUCCGCAGGUAGACGGCUCCAAGGAGAUAUCUGAAAGGAGAUUUUAUACAUUAGAAAAUAAAUUUAAUAAAAAUAAAAACCUAAAGGACAAAUAUACAGAAGUAAUGAAAGAGUACAUAGAUCUGAAUCACAUGGAGUUAGUACAGAAGGAACAUUUGGAUAAUCCGUUGGCAAUCUACUUGCCUCAUCACGCGGUAAUACGAGAGGACAAAGACACGACGAAAGUCAGAGUAGUAUAUGAUGCUUCUUGUAAAGGAAAAAAUAACAUGUCUCUCAAUGAUAAUCUCCUUAUAGGACCUACCUUACAGCCAGAACUGCGACAUUUGGUCAUGCGAUGGCGUAUUCCGCCCAUCUGUCUCACUGCUGAUAUUGGAAAAAUGUAUCGGCAAGUGAAGAUUUCCGAUUUAGAUGUGGAUUUUCAGAGGAUUAUCUGGAGAGAUAAUGUUGAAACGGAAAUGAAACAUUAUAGAAUGCUGAGGGUGACAUUUGGAACUGCCUCUGCGCCUUACCUGGCAGUUAAAGCGUUGCAGCAGUUGGCUCUCGAUGAAGGUGAUAGUUAUCCUAUGGCAGCUAAACGAGUUUUAACAGAUUAUUACAUGGAUGACUUAUUAACAGGAUGCCAAACUAAGGAAGAAGGAUUGAGGAUAUUUCAUGAAAUGAAUGAAUUAUUAAGUAAAGGAGGAUUUGAGUUAAUGAAAUGGACAAGUAAUUGCGAGGAAUUAGUAGAAUCUAUGAAAGGGGAAAAAGGAAAAGGGGAUGUUCAGGAAGGAUUAAAAAUUAAAUCAGAUGAAACUUUGAAAAUAGUUGGACUCACCUGGGACCGUAGUGAAGACUCCUUUCGCUACGCUGUCAAUCUCCCGAAGCUGGAACAACCUGUAACUAAAAGAAAAAUAAUUAGUGACAUUUCACGCUUUUAUGACCCACUGGGCUGGGUAGGGCCCAGUAUCAUAAAAUCAAAAGUAAUAAUUCAAAGGCUGUGGUUAGCAGGGAUUGAAUGGGAUGAAGCGGUACCAAAAAGUAUACUGGAUGAGUGGCUUGCUUACCGAGAAGAGCUGAAACUGUUAGAGACGAUAAACAUACCAAGAUGGGUUCACACUAAUGCUGACGAUUCAGUUGAAUUGCACGGCUUUUGCGAUGCCUCUAAUAGUGCAUACGCAGCGGUUAUUUACAUCCGUGUGAUCGACUCCAGUGGGGCGAUUAACGUAUCUCUGUUAACUGCAAAAACAAAGGUCGCACCGGUGAAACAAGUCUCUAUCCCUAGGUUAGAGCUUUGUGGGGCUGUAUUAUUAUCACGACUCAUAUUGGAAACAGCAAGAGUGCUAGGCAUUGAAAAACGUAACAUACGAGCAUGGACAGAUUCUACAGUGGUUCUCGCGUGGAUUAAUAACCAUCCAAGUAGAUGGAAAGUUUUUGUCGCAAAUCGUGUAUCAGAGAUUCAGUCUAAUUUGGAUUCUCAUAAUUGGUCGCAUAUUAGCUCUAAAGAAAAUGCUGCUGAUGCUGCAUCUAGAGGACUAUCUCCUCAAGAAUUGGUAAAAAAUAGCAUAUGGUUCAACGGUCCUGACUUUUUGAGAAACAGUACUAUCAAUUAUGAGAAGCCCAAAGAAGUAACUACAAAUUUGGAAAAGGUUAAAUCGCAUUGUGCUGUUGUAGGAGAUGGUAUAUGGGAGAGGUUUUCAUCUUUGACGAGGAUGAAAAGAGUAAUAGCCUACUGUAAACGUUUUAUAAAUAAUUUAAGUUCAGAACCUAACAAGAGAAAGAGAGGCUAUCUGACCACGCAAGAACUAACUGAAGCACAAAAUGUAUGCAUUAAGCAGUAUCAAGCAAUUCAUUUUAAAGAAGAGAUCUUGUUGGUAAAACAAAAGAGUAACUUACCUAAAGGUAGUAAACUCCGUUCGUUGAACCCAGUGAUGGAUGCUGAUGAAAUCCUAAGAGUAGGUGGGAGAUUGGAGCUUUCUGGCUUGAGUCGCAACCAGAAACAUCCUAUCCUAAUACCCAAGAAGUGCCAUUUAACCAACUUAAUUAUUGCGGAUGCCCACAAGAAUACACUUCAUGGAGGUCCCCAGUUGAUGAUCUGCUAUAUCCAGGUAAAAUACUGGAUCUUGGGAGCAAAACAGUCGGUCAGGUCUUAUUUCCGAAAAUGUUUGACAUGCGCCAAAAAUUCCCCCAAUACUCAGACGCAACUAAUGGGCCAGUUACCAGCAGCGAGAGUGACUCCAAUACGUCCCUUCAAAUGUAGUGGUGUGGAUUAUGCGGGUCCUAUCCAGAUACGGACAGCAAAAGGACGAGGACAUAAAUCUCACAAGGGGUAUAUAUGCCUCUUUGUUUGCAUGGCAACCAAGGCCAUACACCUUGAAGUAGUCACUGAUCUCAGUUCUCAAGGGUUCUUGCAGGCGUUUAAGCGAUUCGUCUCCAGACGUGGUCAUUGCUCUGAUUUAUGGAGUGACAACGCAACUAAUUUCACUGGAGCAGCCAACGAGCUAAAACGACUUUUCCUAACCGAAAACGGAUCGAUGCUACAGGAAGUAGCUGAAUCAGUGGCUAAUAACGACUGCAACUGGCAUUUCAUCCCUGCCCGGUCACCUAAUUUUGGUGGUUUAUGGGAGGCGGGGGUGAAAUCAGUCAAGUACCACUUAAAACGUGUAAUAGGACAAUCAACUUUGACAUUUGAGGAGAUGUCAACUGUUCUAGCACAAGUGGAGGCCUGUCUUAAUUCCAGACCGCUGUCAGUUAUCCGAGGUGACUCCGACGAUAUCAUGGUCUUAACUCCGGGUCAUUUCCUAGUGGGAGAGCCUAUUGUGACUCCGCCAGACCAAAAUUACGAAUCUCACACUGUUAGUUCCUUAAGAAGGUGGCAGUUCACCCAAAGAAUGUUGCAGGACUUUUGGAAAAAAUGGUCUCAGGAAUACCUUACCAAGUUUUUGCACCGUUAUAAGUGGUCAUCAGUGCAACCUCAGCCCAAGGUGGGCGACGUUGUUUUAGUAAAAGAGGACGGAUUACCACCCUGCCGAUGGCUAUAUGGCAGAGUGAUUGAAACUCAUCCUGGAAAAGACAAUUUGGUCAGAGUAAUAACGUUAAAAACAAAAAAUGGAACAUUUAAACGUCCGAUUUCCAAAGUGUGUCUGCUUCCGAUUGCGACUGAAUAA